GAUGAUCUUGAACAUACUGUCGUGGGUGACAUAAUGAGAAAGUUUGACUCAUCAAGUAACAUAGGAAAUGCUGUUCUAUAUGAGUGCAUAUGCUGUGCUUCAUCCAUACAUCCCAAUACUAAGUUAUUAGAGGCUGCAGCAGAAGCAAUAUCUAAAUUUUUGAAGAGUGAUAGUCACAAUCUAAAAUAUAUGGGCAUAGAUGCCCUAGGUCGGUUGAUAAAGAUAAGUCCAGAAAUCGCUGAACAACACCAACUGGCCGUGAUUGAUUGCUUAGAGGUGAGAAACAUUUUCUCGUAUGCAUUUGACAUCAAUAUAUUCGUGUUGAUGGAGCCAUCAGAGAUGCAGGCUGUGCUCAUGUUCUUUGUUUUUCCUCUUUGUUUUUGUGCACACUUGAAUGGCUAUACCUUUCCAUGUUAACCUUAUUUUAUUGCU